AUGGAGCUUGACACACGCGCUCUCGCCCUCCUCCCGUUGGUGCUCGCCUCGCUCGCGACGUUCCUCCAGCCUGCCACUGCAAACGAUGGCACGCCACGCCCCGGCGGAGGCUUCAGCCUCCGCCUGGUCCCGUACGGCGGCUGGAACAGCACCAUGCACGUCGGCGGCGGCGGCUUCCUGCACCUCAACGAGCAGGCAGCCACCACUGCGCUUCGGCCGCACUUCCACGGUCCGAGAGGGUUCACGUACAGUGUGGCCACCACCGUCGGGACGGGCCACGGCCGCCACACGUACGACCUGGUGCUGGACACGGCCAGCAGCCUGACGUGGAUGCAGUGCGUACCGAUCGCGCACCCGUUCGCACAGAUACCGCCGCCCUUCAACCCAGACAUCUCGCCGUCGUUCAGCCGCGUCUCGCGCAAGAGCUCCUUAUGUCACGGGCCAUCACCGCGCCAGACAUGUGAGUUCCGGGCCACCCGCCUCGACGGCACGCACGCGAGCGGUGUGCUCGGCAACGAGACCUUUGCUUUCGCGAACAAUGGCGGCGCGGCCGCGGCCGCGGAGGUUCGUGGCGUCGUGUUUGGCUGCGUACACACCACGACGGUGUUCGACAGCCACGGAGUACUCGCUGGUGUCCUCGGCCUGGGGAGGAUGAGACCAUCGCUCAUCUGGACUCGGCUCCACCAGCACGGGCAGGACGGCCGCUUCUCCUACUGCCUCUUCGGGCCCGGGCGUCCGAGCAGGCAUGGCCUCCGAUUCGGCGCAGACAUCCCCGCCACAGGCCACAUGAGGAGCACCAAGAUCCUCUACAUGCAGUACACGACCAGCCCGGAUUUCAGCGCCUACUUCGUCAGCGUCGUCGGCAUCAGCGUCGCCGAGAAGGCCCUGGUCCGGCCACCCGGAAGGCGUAUCUUGGAUUUGUUCCGGCGCCACAAGUCGCCCGACGGUAGGUGGAACGGUGGGUGCCUCAUCGAUCCCGGGACGGGCACGACGGCGAUAAUACAGCCCGUGUACCAUGUCCUGGAGCACGCCGUGGAGGAGCACGUCACGAGACUAGGGCUGCCGGUCGUGAAACGUGACGGGUACCGCCUUUGCUUCAGCGGUGCGACUCAGGCCGCCUUUGAGCACCUGCCGACGGUGACGCUUCGCUUCGAGGAGGGCGCGGGCCUCGUGAUCAGGCCGCAACAGCUCUUCGUCUUCGUUCAGCGCGACAUCUGCCUCGCCGUGGUGCCAAGCAAGCACAUGACCAUCAUCGGCGCGAUGCAGCAGGUGGACACGCGCUUCGUCUAUGACAUCGCAGCCGCCAAGAUCCACUUUGCCCCCGAGAGAUGCAGUGAUGAUACAGGGGGACAGAAUUGA